AUGGUCCAACACAACCAGUUAGGUUCUACCAAAUAUUUGUUUAAAUAUAUUAAUAAGGGGCCUGAUAGAGUCACUGCUUCUGUUUUUCAAGCCAAUAGCACCAAGAAUGAUACGAAACAGAAUGAACCUGUAGAUGAGAUAAAAGCAUACCUUGAUUGUAGAUAUAUCUCUGCUUGUGAAGCUGCUUGGAGAAUAUUCAUGUAUGAUAUACAUUAUAGAUAUCCAGUUGUUGAAGUAUUACCUUUUCAUUGUGAAGAUGGUCAGAGUAUUAUGUAUAACGAUCAUGAUAAUUUAUGUGAUAUUGUUACUGAUCCAACUGUGAAAAUGACAAUGUUUACAGAGUGGAUGAAUUGUAAUAAAAUUGAUGAAUUUGCCAGGACAUUGAGGUAUGUUCAGUUUUCGGGAUAUUAUGUAUGGAAUGCUCAAAAUCGCAAAUGGAAUCGAAGAAAGCAUCCGUAUGGAUCAAUUGGGAGGAUACAUUAUGUCCCACCAUCACUUGAUAUAAAAACAGUUGAUGGGCAGGUUUUUCAAACAUUUAAAGAUGCAUGUUUUGCACGGGGGCUGCUGGAUGAUGAUAAAGAAUAUGUUAAUUUUGUCAAAGAAGCUAGCACAUGGUCAACCGGAGAUUUCUUGAGGACCUUUUUUGUAAUGUUGUUGCUGUCAAAUUCAAUAUCUCGUCCUGGUGUUUUUUGGUCGGAAACGAAGUCCCUGUUAUGUGAAGACAUUCUGUAUCAGCAACGAAAGAUAACUGGUAUUUCAGAUUUGGAUCUUCAACAAGAAGAACUUGAAAAUAUCUGUCUAUCUGAAACUGAAAAGUUGCUACUUACCAAUGGAAGCACAGUGAGAAAUUUUGAUGAUAUGCCUAGUGUUCCAGACAACUAUGUUUCAUCGUCGAACAAUCGAUUGAUAAUGAAAGAAUUAUCGUAUGACAGACUAGCUCUUCAAAGGGAACAUGAUGGUUAUGUAAAGUGUUUAACUGCCGAACAGGAAAGGAUAAAUAAAAUUGUUAUGGAAGCGAUUGGAAAAGGUGAUGGAGGUGUGUUUUUUGUAUACGGUUAUGGUGGAACUGGAAAGACGUUUCUUUGGAAGACAUUCUCAGCUGCAUUACGAUCAAAAGGUGAAGUUGAAUUGAAUGUUGUAUCCAGUGGAAUUGCUUCACUUUUGCUGGAUGGUGGUAGAACUGCUCAUUCAAGGUUUGUAAUUCCAAUCAACAUUAAUGAGAAUUCAAUAUGUUCGAUAGAGCCUAACACUGAGUUAGGUGAUUUAAUUAAAAGAGCAACAUUGAUUAUUUGGGAUGAAGCACCUAUGACUCACAAGCAUUGUUUCGAGGCUCUUGAUAGAACAAUGAGAGACAUAUCACGUUCCAGUCAACCAAACAUGCAAUCCAAGCCGUUUGGGGGGAAAGGUAACUCUAUUUGGUGGUGA